AUGCUUCUUGCCAAAAGGUCGCUCGUGUGGCCGCCAGUAGUCGAGCGUCGGCCAUGUCGAGAAUCCGAGCCUAGCCGAAUCUCUGACGCCUACUAUCGGGGGGCUCAGCCAGUGCCUACUAGCCUUGCGGCGCUCCUUCGGAGCUUCGCCUCUCAGCUGGGGCAAGCAAUCGAUGAGCGAGUUCAGUGGGUCUCAUCUAGGUCCUUUGGUCUCGGACAGACAAGGGUAAAGCGCCCGCGGUCGCUCCUUCUCGUGCAGAGCCGGCGGAUUCCGUGGCUGGCGCAGCACGCAGCCCAGCAACCGUUGGGGUACAGUGACGGCGCAACGCUCUGGGGCCGGCCUCCAACGCAGUGCAUGGGCUCCGUGACUCAAAGCCGCCGCAGUGGCCUCAGUGCGCUAAGGAUGGGCCUCUGUUGGCUAGCGCUAGUGCGCAGCCUGUUCUUCCGGCGCCGGCACGCAACCCGUCUCGCCGGCGCGCAGCUCGAUCUUGCCGGCGCUCAGGCUAGGCGCAAGGCGCGGGGGCAGCCCCUAGAGAAAGCCUCGCUUCGCGCGACUCCGACCAGCGCAACUGUGGAGGCAGGCACAACUGAUGGGGCUUUGUUGAAUAUGGUCGAUGCCGGCUUGCUAGACCUUCCGCAGCCGAAGGGUCUCGGCGCAAGCUCCAGCCGCUAA